AUGCCAACCGAUAAGCAAAUAGAAGAAUUGAUGGAGGGUCUGGAUGUUGAUAAGUCUGGAAAAGUGAGCUCCAAAGAGCUGCUAGCAGCUUUUCAAGGAUCCGGCAUUGACAUGGACUCUGUCAAGGAUUUUAUUGCUGCACAUGACCUAGACCAGGAUGGCCAGCUUGAUAAAGCUGAGAUGACAGACUUUUUCAAAUCACUCGGAUGUUGA